AAAGAAUUUAGUGAAAAUUGCAAAAAUUCCCAAAAUGCUGAGAAAACAAUAUUUUUUUUUUAAAGUUCAUAUGAUUGCUUAUUAAUAAAGUGACAGAAAAUUAAUGAAAUGACACCAACUAAAUGAACUUAGAAACUCCAGCACUUUUUUGGGCUAUUUAAUAAAGUGAGUCGGGGGUACGAUGAUUCGUUCAUGAACGGUCAUUAACGUGGGCAAUCAUUAGAAUGCACGUAUUCAAUCCAUGCAAACCGCAAUACUCCCAUACCGGUAACAACGAAGUGACACAACUUUUAAGUAAAAAAAAAGUUUUUCUUCUUUGAAAUUAAGUGCAAAUGGAAAGCUUAUGGAACUAAUUAAAAAAUGUAUUUGGUAUUAAUGAAACAAUUGCUUUCAUUAUUUCUGUUAAUAACUUCAAUCAUUUACAACUAAUAAAUUAUUUAUACAAUUAAACGCACAGCGCUAAUAAAUAUUUAAAAGAAUAAAAAACCACAACACAUCAUAUUAUCGCAAAGCAUUUAAGAAAUGGGAGAUAAAAAAAUAACUAAAUAAAUAAACAGACAAACAAAAUUAACCCAAAAAAAGAAACAAGCAAAAAAGAAAAACCCAAAAAAAAAAAAAAAAACAAUCAGUGUACACUUUAACGCCUGCGCAAUGAAAGCGCAGCGAAACAUCAGAGCAAUUGUGCCAUAAAUUGUGUACAAUUCACGUUUCGCACUUUCAUUAAACAAUUGCAAGUGCUGGUCUUUCGUGGUGCGGAAAUUUAAUUACACUUGAACGAACGGACGCAGCACCGAAGCAAUUUACGUCAAAAAAAUAAAUCAAAUUAUUGUUUUAUCGUCAAAUUGACUUUGUCAACAAUCAUGUUAAGGCACAACAAGAACAUUUGGCGAUAUUUUACAUCACCGUUAUGGUUAUCGUUAUUAUCAAUCAUGGCGGUGACUGUAUCAUCUGCUACAGUCUUGCAAAUCGAUCAAAACUUAAAAAAUAUUAAAUUAAUUGAAAGUAAAUUUAUACCGGACGUUAACGUUUUACCAGCAGAUUCAAAUGUAAACAUUUAUGAUGCGAAUUGGCAGCAUGUACGACGUUUCAUGGAGGACGGUUUGCCAGUUCUUGAAUUAUAUGGCUAUAAACCGCAAAGAGAUAUACCGUUUACAUUGAUUAUACCAAAAAUUGAUGUACGCACCAUUGAAAAGCCACGCUUGAAAGAGUUCAUGCUGGAGCACAUGAUACCUGGACGUGUAUUCAAUAGCUAUGCAGAUGAGGAUAACAGUUCAUUUGGUAAUAGUAACGGGCAUAAAAUUGUGUUUCGUAAAUUGGAAAAAACUGCCAGUAGCAGCAGCAGCAGCAGCAGCAGCAGCAAUAACAACAACAACAAUAAUAAUAACAACAAUGGCGAUAGUGGUGAUGAUAGUGAUAAUGCAUUGUGGCUACUCAAUGGCUUUCAGAUACUGCACAGAGUACGCAUCAAUGAUAAUCUGAUUGCUUUGGCUAUUGACGGUUAUCUGGGCGACCGUAAGUCUCCCUAUUCGAAACGUAACAUACAGGAAGGAAGCAAUAGUCGUUAUAAUGAACCACAGCAUUUGGAAAUACGCAACACCACAAGCAAUUUUGCGGCUCAUACCAAAAUUGAACCUAUCUUAAAGGAAUCAAAAGCCAGCCCAUUAAUGUCAUUUCUUGGCAGCAUGAAAACUGGUACAAAAGUUUUCCAGCACUUCCUUUCUAAAAGUAAUCUCACACAAAUCAUGGACGACGGCUCGUUUACUGUACUCAUACCCACCGAUAACGCGUUCCAACGUUGGCAUCCCAUCGACUGGGGUUUCUAUCCGUUCAGUGUUCAAGAGUUUACCGAAAGUGUUUUACGUAAUCAUUUUCUACCCACACAGAAACCAUUACGUUUAAACGAUAUUAAGAAUACUGACCAACUGCUGGUGCGCACCAUGGGUGGUGAAACUGUCAUCUUCAGGGGACAACCUACACCAACAGUUAAUAAUGUCUCCAUAAUGUCUGAGUACACUUUAUCGAACGGUAAUCAAGUAUUCAUAAUUGCUGAGGUGUUAUUCGUUUCGGAAGCAGUAGUCUCUAAGCUACAUCAGAUGCACAAAGACAAAGAAACCCCGCCCUUGUUGGCCUUUCCGUGGUUCGGAGCACAGUUUCUAUCUCAUUCAUUUUUGGCUUUAGAACGAGAUCCUAGGUUCACGCAAAUAACUAGGUAUCUAAACAAUGCUGAAAUAGCGCCUCAUGUUUCGGGUGCUAAUUACACAUUCUUUGUACCCGACGAUAAAGGUUUCGAAAAGCUAGGCUUUGAUAAACUCAGCGAUGAUAUACUAGCGUCACCACGAGGAGUCAAAAUGCUGCUUAAUCAUUUUGUUAAGGGGCGUCUUUACAAUCGUGAUUUACGUGAUAAUGAAGUUUUCGAAACUAUUGGCGGCGGUCAUUUAAAGAUAACACGCAAUCCUGGAAGCAACGCUACUAGUGUAAAUAAUGCAAAAAUCAUUGAAAGCGAAGUAUUCGUCUACAACUUGGGUACAAUGUUCUACAUCGACGAUAUACUUUAUUCGCAUUUGCUGCGUGAACAUGUAGUAAAAACUAAAACAAGAACAAAUUACGGUAAUGGCGGACGUAUUACAACUUCCGGCACUCCCACAGAUGUAGAGAUUGUACCAAAUGAAUUUAACCAUGGAGAAAACGGCGGCAGUAAUGGUGAUGGAGGUGGUGACUAUUCCAUACAUGACGAUGAUUUUGAAGAUGAGAUUAUAACACCAAAAGCGCUUCCCGUCCAAUUUUAUGAAUUACCAAAAUAAAUUCUCCGCCGAAAUUAAAGAGGAGAACUUAAAUAAGAAAAUUUUUUCUUGAUAUGAAAGCGAGGUGGACUUGUUUUAGGAGAUUUUGUAUUAGAAAGAAGGCUUUAAGCAUUUGUGUAUAGUUUAACGAGAUAAUUUUAUAUUAAAUAACUUUUUUUAUAAAUUAUAUUGCAUUUAAAUUGUCUUUACGUCCCACCACUUCCUUCUUCUCUUUUCACUCAUUUGUCUAUUUUCUUCGCCUAUCGUUUCGAAAUCGUUUUAAUUGUAAUGCUAUAUAAAUAUAGAUAUAAAGAAAUUAAACUAGAUUUUAUAUAAACUUUAAAUUUUAUUUAUGUAUAUUUUCUA